AUGAGCUUUGCCAAUGCGGGCGAAAUCUUUGAGCUUUCCACCAGCGAGCCCAUGGCGCUUCCCGCGAAGUCAUACGAGCCCGCCAUGGGUAUGCCUCGUUUCGUGUCCGAGCUGCAACCUUGGGGCGUCAUGGACUUGGAUGGAGCCCUGAUAGGUUUCCGCUUCAUGAACUCUAGUGGUGACGAUACCAACGUCAUGGCUGCGUGCGAUAUCAGCCCCAACGCUCUUGUCUUCCAGGGCGGACAGCCUCAACUCGUUCCUGUGCUCGAGACCGCCAAGUUUGAUGCCUACCCCAGCCGUGCUUACGUUAUCGCUCUGCCUAUCCUCACCAAUUCUUUCAUACUCCGCCUCCCAGAAGGUUACCGAAAGGUGCCCAUGAAACUCAGAGUUAUCGGAAAGCUUGAAUGCGACGGCAGCCGGUAUACUCCCACCAACCUAGACGAUGCCCGGUCUCAAUUGUCGCAGUAUGAGCGAGCUGUCAUCUUGUUGUCCGAUGACACUCAACGAUUUUCGCCGGGUGAUCCUCAAUGGGAUUCGGACAAAGUCCAGGGAGCCACAGCAAAGGUCAUUUUGGAGGAAGUCCCCCUCAACGGUCCAUCCGCCGAACCUUCUGAGCUUGCGCGAAUGAAAUUGGACUAA